AUGGGGGCAUCACUAUCGAAUUUGACUGAGAACGGGUCGGGCAACGGCGGGCCGGGCCUGGGCGACAUACCGGAGAACUGCGUGGCGCGCGUGUUCCUCCACCUCCCGCCGCCGGAGAUAUGCAACCUGGCUCGGCUCAAUCGCGCUUUCCGCGGCGCCGCGUCGUCGGACGCCGUCUGGGAGACCAAGCUUCCGCCCAAUUACCACCACCUCCUCGGGCUCCUGUCUCGGCCCGACGUCCAUCGGAGCCUCCGGAAAAAGGACGUUUUUGCCCUCAUAUCCCGGCCCCUCCCUUUUGACGACGGCAACAAGGCACGUGAUUUUCACAUGGGACAAUUGCAGGUGGUGUGGGUGGACAAGUUUACAGGGAGAGUCUGCGCGUCAAUAUCGGCCAAGGCAAUGGCAAUCACAGGCAUUGAGGACAGGAGAUAUUGGAAUUGGGUACCAACAGAGGAAUCUAGACAUGAAUCGAACAAUUUCACCAAGUUGGAGAAUCUGUCAGCGUGUAUCCCGGCAAACAGCAUAGAGCGGUUUUUAUUUAGUGUUGUGGCCUAUUUGCAGCAAAUAUGGUGGUUCGAAGUUGACGGCACUGUAAAAUUCCCUUUACCGCCCGAUUUAUACGCGCUCUCUUUUAGGAUUCACCUGGGCAGAUUUUCCAGAAGGCUCGGCCGACGUGUUUCCAGUUUCGAACAUACUCACGGAUGGGAAAUAAAGCCCGUGCGUUUCGAGUUCUCUACUUCAGAAGGCCAACAGGCAUCGAGCGAAUGCUUUCUAGACGAUUCACAGCAAGAUGACAAUAGCAAUAGCAAUAAUUAUACGAAUACGAGUUCCAAGCGUGGCUGCUGGAUAGAUUACAAGGUUGGUGAAUUUACUGUCAGCAAAUCGGAUUAUGAAACGGAGGUGAAAUUCUCUAUGAAACAAAUUGAUUGCACGCAUUCGAAAGGUGGGCUCUGUGUCGAUUCUGUUUCGGUUAUUCCAGUUGAGUUGAAAGGGCACAGGGGAAGAAAGGUUUUGAAGUAG